GUGUUCGUACUGAAGCGUCUUCGCGGUUGCCCUUAGGGACGCGGUGCGGUAGCCAGGGGCAGGCUCACGGAGCGCUUCAGAUGGCUUCUCAGAAAGGGAUGCCCUCCUCGGCCCUGCGGGUUCUGGAAGAAGCGUUGGGCAUGGGCUCGACGGCUGCCGGGGACACCGCGGAAGCGGUGGCCGCCGAGGGCGCCUACUACCUGGAGCAGGUCACCAUAACUGAAGCAUCUGAAGAUGAUUAUGAAUAUGAAGAGAUACCAGAUGACAAUUAUAGCAUUCCAGAGGGUGAAGAAGACCUGGCAAAAGCAAUUCAGAUGGUCCAAGAACAGGCUACAGAUACUCAAAUUUUGGAGCAGAAAACAGUCCUUUCUUCAAAGCAUGCAGUACCUGAAGCAAUAGAAGACUUUCUCUGCAAUUUCCUGAUCAAAAUGGGAAUGACUAGGACUCUUGAUUGCUUUCAGUCUGAAUGGUAUGAGUUAAUACAGAAGGGAGUAACUGAACUUAGAGGUGGCGGGCAUGUUCCAGAUGUCUACACCCAGAAUAUGCUUUUAGAAAAUGAGAACAAAAUUUUGAAGAAAGAAUUGAAGCACUAUAAACAAGCAGCUGACAAGGCUAGAGAAGAUCUGCUGAAAACUCAGAAAGAACGUGAUUUUCAUCGAAUGCACCACAAGAGAACAGUCCAGGAGAAAGACAAAUUAAUUAAUGACCUCAAAGGGUUGAAGUUACAUUACGCAUCUUAUGAACCAACUAUAAGAGUAUUAUAUGAGAAGCACCACGCUUUACUGAAGCAGAAAAUGCUGACCUCUUUGGAAAGAGACAGAGCAGUGGGACAGAUUUCUGGACUUCAAGAAACACUGAAGCGUAUGGAAAUAGGGCAUAGUUUCCAUGCUCCUGAAAUCAGAGUUGUUCCGAAUUGUGAAAAGGAAAAUGCACCAGAAGGUCCUACUCAGAAAGGUCUUCUUGAAGCCAGAGAACAAAGCAAACAUAAAACAAAGAUGAAAGUUAAUACAAAGGCCUCCAACAGAAAUCAAGAGGGUGCCUGUGAGCUCAGUGCAAGAUCAGCCCUCUGUCCAACUCCAUGCCUCCAUCAUCAGGAGUGGAGAGGGAACUCUCAAACUUGGAAUAAGAUCACACCUCUUCAGGACAUCUUUGGCAGGAGACAACAGAGUGCCCAAGCACUCAGAGUUCUGUGCUAUAAAUACUCAUGCCACAGCUGUUCAAGCUACCAUCUUACUUCAUCAAAUGUGGAGUUGAGAAGUGACAUCCAUAACCAGCUCUCCUGAGAUACCUCCGGUCUGCCUUGACCUGUAGCAGUCUCAAGGGUGAUUUCUCUCUACUCCCCACUCAACCAUAGCAUUGGAUCUGUAGGUGAGAUAAAUGUCUCCUUUGCUUCUCGUUGCUGUUUUCAGUCCCUUCUUCUGCCCUCAUUCAUGAAUACACCUUGCCUUGAAUCUCAUAUCAUCAUGUUAUCCUACUCAAUAAUAACUCUUUAUUACAGGUACUUCUCAGAUCAUUUUUUUUGUAAAAUAAAAAAAAUUAAUCACUGUGACAUUGUCACUUUUGUAAAAAGAUUACUGCCAUAAUUUUAUUUAGAUAUUCGCAUGGAUGAUCCUCUAACACUCUGGAAUUUCAUUUCCUCGAUAGCCUCUUCUUUAAGUGAUCCUGUUCUCCAUCCAUUCUCAGCCACUCACUUUUGGUCAUUCCUUAGGCCUUGCUAUUACCAAUAACUGCCAUAAAUUUUCAUUUUCUUUGCUGUUUGCUCCUUAUCUCCCCAACCUCUCUGUAUGUUGAGGUUUUCCAGGGAUCAAUUCUGGGGCCUCUUCUCUUUGGUGUCAUCACUCCCUAUGUGAUCUCAACCAGUCUCGUGGCUUUAAAUUACCUAUAUGUUAGUGACUCAUUAAGUUAUAUCUUCAACUGAGCUCUCUUUCCUGUCCUCUAACUUUAUGUAUCCAACUCAGCUGCAUACUUGUCCUCCGCAGUUAGAUAUCAAGUCCGCAUUAAAGCUCUAUCUCCUGCAGUUUUCUCCAUCUUAAUUAAUGGAAGUUCUGUCCUUCCACUUCCUUAGCCAAAUACCUCUGGAGUUAUCCUUGAGUCAUUUCUCUCUUAGACAUUUCGCAUCAGAUAUGAAAAGAAAUUAUUUCGGUUCUAUCUUUGAAACAUAUCCACACUUCCAUCUUUUUUUUUUACCACCAGCAGUGUUGCUCUGUCUUUCUUCCCCAUUGUCUCUAGCCUGGAUUACUGCAAUAGCUUCCUAACUGAUCUUUCUGUUUUUUUCUUUCCUUUGCUUCAGUCUUCUUUGAAAACAGCAGCCAGAGCGAUCCUCUUAAAACAUAAAUCUAUCCAUAAUGUUUCUCGGUUGAAAACUUUCUAGUGGCUUCCUAUCUUUUUCAACUAUAGGAAAGUCAUUAUAGCCUCUGAGGCCCUACACAAUCUGGCCCCUUUGUAACCUCUCUGACCUCAUCUACAGCUACUGGCCCAUCUUUUACUCAAUUGCAGCCACACUAGCCUCCUUCCCAUUUGUAGAACACUCUAGUCAGGCCCUGCCUCCAGGCUUUUGCAUUUGAGGUUUCUUCUGCCUGAGCUGUCUUCCUUCAGAUAUUUGAAAGGCUCAUCCCUUCACUUCCUUUAAAGUUUUAGUUAAAUGUCUCCUUUUAGAGAGAUCUUCUAAAGCUGCCCAAUCUAAAUUUUAAUGCUGCCCCUCUUUCCCUUUUCCUUCCUGGAUCUCUUUCCUGCUUUUGUUUUGUUUUUUUCUCCUUACACAUCUUACAUAUCUUUCUCUUACAUUCUGUGUUGUACUUUUUAACUUGUUUAUUGCAUCUCUUCCCCACUAGAAUGUAAGCUCCACAAGAGCAGGUAUAUUUAUCUGCUUUAUUCACUACUGUAUUCUCAGUGCCAAAAACAUGACUGGCCAAUAUUAAGUACUCCACAAAUAUUUGUGUUUAAAUGAAUGAAUAACUGAGAAAUAUGUGUUCUGUUUGUUGCUGUUACAUAGAAAUGAAAUUGAUUACUCUAAGUUGAUCUUAAAUAUAAUGACCUUGCUAAACUCUCCAUUGCAAGAGGUUUCUUUAAAAAAAUUUCCUUGCAAAUAAUUAUAUCAUCUAUAAACAAUGAUAGUUGUGAUUUUCCUUUUCUGAUCCUGGAAAAUUUUAUGUAUAUUUCUUAUUUUUGUGCAUUGUUUAGGACCUCUAGAGAAUGGUUAAAUUGAAGAAAUUGGAACAGGCAUUCUUAUCCUUUUUUUUAUUUUAGAAGGAAUGCUUCUUAUGUUUCAGCACAAGAGAUGAUAUUUGUUAUGUCUUUGGUAGAUAUUCCUUAUUAAGUUAAAAAUGUUUACUUCUAUAUUUGCUAAGUUUAUUUGUUUUUUAUCAUGAGUUAGUGUUAAUUUUUUAAUCAUAAAUGAAUGAUAAGUUUUUUGUCAUGUUUAAGUGUUAAUUUUUAUUUUAUCAUGAGUGAAUAUUGAAUUUUCUGCCUCUGAGAUGAUUUUCUCCAUUAACAUUUUAAUGUGGUAAAUGACAUAAUGGACUUCCUAAUGUAACAUUCUAUUUCAUUCUUGGGAUGAAACUAACUCAUUCAUCAUGUGUUAUAUGAUGUAUAUAUCACUGGAUCUAGUUCACUGUUUUUUCUUAGGAUGCUUACUUCUAUUUUUUGAAUAAAACUGGCCUUUAAUUUUCCUUUUUAGUCACUGUCUUU